AUGCAAAUGGCGUCCAACUUCACUUAUGUGUGGAAUUAUUUUGCGGGUUCAGACCCAGCAUUAAUAGGUGCUACCUUGGCUUCAUGUUUUGUACUAUUCACGGUGAUUUUCACCGUUCAUAAGUUUAUGUUAAAUGAUUCUACUUGCAAUGAUGCGAUACCUGGCAUCAUCCCAUACAUGGAUAAACUUCACCAUUACCACGAUAUGGUCGUGUUAUUUGUAUUGUCGAUCAUCAGUGUGAUGAUCAUUGCCGUCCCUCGUUUUGAUGUCUUUCUUGUUUUAUAUGGAACUCUCAUUCCAAUCGCAUUCAUUGCUAAACCAAUUGCAGAGAUUUUUACAAUCACGAUGUCUCUUACUUCUUCAUUUUUAUAUUUCAAUCAACGCUCAAAGAACCCGAAAUCGACUAUUAACUGGUCAGCAGACAUUAUACGCUCACGUAUGUCGUUCGUCACUCAAUUCGCGUUUGUAAAAGAAGUUUUUCUUAUACCUUUUGUAAUCGACGUGUACAUCGGUACAUCUGAAUUUGAAGUCUUGGAUGCCUACGGACUCUUCAUCUGUUAUUCUGUAUUCUUUGUGUUCACUCAAUUAUUCUGUCUCACAAAUUUGGUAUGGCAUCUUCGGUUCAAAGACAAAUUGAAACUCGAUUUUCUCGGAAACAUUCUCUAUCGUCGACUGAACAUUUUUCUGCUGUUCAAGCUGGUAAGCUAA